AUGUCAUCUGAGAAAUCCUUGAACUCUGAAGCUAGUAUUAAUUGGAGAGCUAUUGUUGAUCGGCUUGACAACUUAUCCUUUGAGGACAGAAGACUAUUAACAUUUGAUUCCAUUGAAGAUGCCAAGGAAUUUUACUCAUGUUAUAGCAAAAUGGUCGGCUUCAAUAUUAGAGACCGUGAUCAACAGAAAGAUAAGCAUGGAACAGUGAAAUACAAACGGUGGGUCUACAAUAAGGAGGGCUUUAAAAGCGAGAAGUGGUUGAAUCUAGAGCACCGCAAGAAAGAGGCUAAAUGCCUAACAAGAGUUGGUUGUUUAGCAACUCAUGGAGUUUUAUGGAAUAGAGGUAUUGGAAAGUUCACUAUUGGCCUCUUUGUUGGGGAACACAAUCAUGAACUGGCAAAGCAAGACUGUACAAUUUCUUCGAUCAUACAGGAUUGUGAAGAAACUAGACUUGAAUCAUGCAUUAUUGAUGUAUAG